AUCAGCUUGGUAAUGGAGGAGAGCAAUGACUCCAUGGAGAACCCCCAACAAGGCCAAGGGCGGAACAAUGCCAUGAAGUGUGGGUGGCUGAGGAAGCAGGGAGGCUUUGUCAAGACUUGGCAUACCCGUUGGUUUGUGCUCAAAGGAGAUCAACUCUAUUAUUUCAAAGACGAAGAUGAAACCAAGCCCUUGGGUACUAUUUUUCUGCCUGGAAAUAAAGUCCUUGAACAUCCCUGCAAUGAAGAGAGCCCAGGGAAAUUCCUUUUUGAAGUAGUUCCAGGAGGUGAUCGAGAUCGGAUGACAGCAAAUCAUGAGAGCUACCUCCUUAUGGCGAGCACCCAGAAUGAUAUGGAAGACUGGGUCAAGUCCAUCCGCCGAGUCAUAUGGGGACCAUUUGGAGGAGGCAUUUUUGGACAGAAACUGGAAGAUACUGUCCGUUAUGAGAAGAGAUACGGACACCGUCUGGCUCCAAUGUUGGUGGAACAGUGCGUGGACUUUAUCCGACAAAGGGGGCUGAAGGAAGAGGGUCUCUUCCGACUGCCGGGCCAGGCUAACCUUGUCAAGGAGCUGCAGGAUGCCUUUGACUGUGGAGAGAAGCCAUCCUUUGACAGCAACACAGAUGUACACACAGUGGCAUCACUUCUUAAACUGUAUCUCCGAGAACUUCCAGAACCGGUUAUUCCUUAUGCCAAGUAUGAGGAUUUUUUGUCUUGUGCCAAACUGCUCAGCAAGGAAGAGGAAGCUGGUGUUAAAGGAUUAGCAAAGCAGGUGAAGAGCUUGCCAGUGGUCAAUUACAACCUUCUCAAGUAUAUUUGCAGGUUCUUGGAUGAAGUACAGUCCUAUUCAGGAAUUAACAAAAUGAGUGUGCAGAACUUGGCUACUGUCUUUGGCCCUAAUAUCCUGCGCCCCAAAGUGGAAGAUCCUUUGACCAUUAUGGAGGGCACUGUGGUGGUCCAACAGUUGAUGUCAAUGAUGAUUAGCAAACACGAUCGCCUCUUCCCCAAAGAUGCAGAGUUGCAAAGCAAGCCCCAGGAUGGAGUGAGCAACAACAACAAUGACCUUCAGAAGAAAGCCACCAUGGGUCAGCUACAAAACACGGAGAACAAUAAUACCAAGGACAGUCCUGGAAGACGGUGCUCUUGGGACAAGUCUGAGUCUCCCCAGAGAAGCAACAUGGAUAACGGAUCCCCCACAGCUCUAUCAGGCAGCAAAACCAACAGCCCAAGGAAUAGCGUUCACAAACUGGAUGUCUCUAGGAGCCCCCCUCUCAUGGUCAAAAAGAAUCCCGCCUUCAAUAAGGGCAGUGGGAUAGUCACCAAUGGGUCCUUCAGCAGCAGUAAUGCAGAAGGACUUGAGAAAGCCCAAACCACUCCCAAUGGGAGCUUACAGGCCAGAAGGACCUCUUCCCUGAAGGGGUCUGGUACCAAAAUGGGCACCCACAGUGUACAGAACGGAACGGUGCGGAUGGGCAUUUUGAACACAGAUACCCUCGGGAACCCCGUGAAUGGUCGCAGCAUGAGCUGGCUGCCCAAUGGCUACGUGACCCUGAGGGAUAACAAGCAGAAAGAGCAAGCUGGAGAGUCGGGCCAGCACAACAGACUCUCCACCUAUGACAACGUCCACCAACAGUUCUCCGUGAUGAGCCUUGACGACAAGCAGAGCAUCGACAGUGCUACCUGGUCCACUUCCUCCUGUGAAAUCUCCCUCCCUGAGAACUCCAACUCCUGCCGCUCCUCCACCACCACCUGCCCGGAACAAGACUUUUACGGUGGGAACUUUGAGGACCCCGUUUUGGAUGGGCCCCCACAGGACGACCUUUCCCACCCCGGGGACUAUGAAAACAAAAGUGACCGGAGGAGUGUGGGUGGUCGAAGUAGUCGUGCCACCAGCAGCAGCGACAACAGUGAGACCUUUGUUGGCCACACCAGCAAUCACAGUGCACUGCAUAGUUUAGUGUCCAGCCUGAAGCAGGAAAUGACCAAACAGAAGAUAGAGUAUGAGUCCAGGAUAAAGAGCUUAGAACAGCGAAACAUGUCUUUGGAAACAGAAAUGAUGAGCCUCCACGAUGAACUGGAUCAAGAAAGGAAAAAGUUCACAAUGAUAGAAAUCAAAAUGCGAAAUGCCGAGCGAGCAAAAGAAGAUGCAGAGAAGAGAAAUGACAUGCUUCAGAAAGAAAUGGAGCAGUUUUUUUCCACAUUUGGGGAGCUGACAGUGGAACCCAGGAGAACCGAGAGAGGAAACACGAUAUGGAUCCAGUGAGGCUGAUUUCUCCCACUGUCUCCAGUGGCUCUGGGGAAGACUCUGGGGGUUCUGGUGGGAAUAUUAUAUAGGAUCAGGUGGCUGGUCACCUGGCUGUACAGAGUUCUAACUGGGGAAGACAUAUCAUUUACAGACAUUGCCCAUUCAUAUCUGCAAUGUGUACCAAAGUUGUAUCAUGCCCCAUAAUGCUACUGUCAAGUGUUACAACUGGAUAUGUGUAUAUAGAGUAGCUUUUAAAAAGUAAACUAAAAAUGAGAAACAUAUCUCAAUAAUUAUUUUAUUGCAAGUCUUGUAUUUAAAAUGUUAAAUCAGUAUGUCAUUGCAGUUUAGCUUGCUUUCAAGCUUCACCCCUUGCACUUAAGCUAUUUUUGGCAUUGUGUUAUCAUCAGCUUAUUUUAUAGAUCAAUAUUUUUAUUUCCCCUUUUGCUGAGGAAAUGAAAAUAAGCAGAUAUAUAAAUAUAUAUAAGAUGAGUUAUUAAAAUCAAAAAGAAUACUUUGUGGCUGUGCUGUUUGUGCCAAUGGACCUUGCCAUGACCAAAAAGAGAAAUGUAAAUAAUUUUAUAAAUUACGGUAGAAUCACCAGGAACCUUUGAAUUGCUCUGUAAAUUCUGCCCUUGACACUGCUCAGUUUUCUUGGUGAGAUGCUUUGACACAGGAGAUUUUGGACCAUGUAAAAAAGUCCCCUCCUCAAGCCCCCUGGUCUGCCUUGCCCAUUCCACAGAUGUAUGUCUCCUAUGCAGGAUGCACCUUAGACGGAAAGCAUGUUUUUUUUAAAAAAGAGCAUUUAAGCAGUCAUGCCUUGAAUUACUCUGUCCUUCUACUGGAUGGUUAUGAGGGAGAUUCUUCCUGCCAUUGGGAAGUUGAAGAACAAUGCUGGCUAACCAGUGCCUACAUUGAGCACGUGUCCUCUACUCCAACCCCGGCCCCCCACCUCCCCACCCACAACGCAAACAGUGAAAUAGUAUUACCGUGUCUCUCUCAGUUAAACUGCUAGAGUGUGUGCCAUAUAUUCUGCUUUCACUCAGUCCGGCUGCUCUGUUGUCAUCUAGGAUUCUUUCAGCACAACAGAGGGUAAAGGCAGUUUGCAGCAAGAGGGAACUGAUGCAGGGGAAGGGGGCCAGAAGGAGGAGGAGACAAGAUUGGAAGAAACUAUUUUGCUUCUAAUUUGUACAGUAUUCUCCCCUGUCAAAAACAUUUAUUCACAAUAAAUUUAAAAUGUGAAUCUUUAAAGGUCCAGUUUUGAUAAAUUUGUGAACAUCAGUAAUGAUAACUUUCUGGAGAAGCCCAGGGCUUCUAAUUUCAUCUUUUCUCAGAUAAUCUGCCAGAGACUGAGAAAAAUUCACAGUUCGAUGAGGCAAUGAUCGAAAUAAAUCUUUGUCACGCUAGAACAGAAAGUCACAAAAGGUAAAAUUGGAAAUAAAUACUACUGGAGUUUAUGGGAUUCAUGUUGUUUGAAGGUUCUAUGUUUGUAUUUAUUUUCAAGGGGACAGUAGACUUUACAGAGUUCAUUCUUGUCACUGUGCUGCUUUUGUUUAUAUCCUUACACAGAGCAAGCUUACGUGGUCCUUUGGUAUCAAUACCUUCUUUAUCUUUAGUUCCCUUUUCUCUCUCUUUCCAAUUCUUUAACAAGAUACUCCCACCUGGGUAUCCUAAAGGAAAUUCAAGCUCAAAAUGUGUAAAAAUGAUCUCAAUAGCUCUCUCUACCUUUUCAUCUUUUCCCAGUCCCUGUCUUUGUUGACAAAAACCUCAGACUCAUCCAGGGAGCUGUAUGAUACAAUAGUAAAAAUCAAAGGCUAUGCAGUCAAACUGCCUGUGUUCACAUUUUCUCCA